GUAAGCUACAAAUUGGAGUCUAUUUGUGUAAAUCAUAAAAGGGUGAUGCCGAUUUUACUCAUAGUUAUGCUACUGGGAAUCGCCCAGGCGCAGAUUGACCCACAAAAGAAAGAAGAUAUAGACACAUUCGUGGAAGAGAUCAUUCAAUGCAGAGGAAAAGUUGGGAUGAAUCUUGCGAUUGUGCAGGAUGGUACACCUUUGUACACAACUGGAUAUGGCUACGCGGACCUGGAGAACGAAGUGCCUGACGAUGGGGCCACAAUACAUGGAAUAUCUUCCAUCUCAAAGUCAUUCGUUGUGACAUUGUUUGCAACUGUGAUAGAAGAAACGGAAAUAACAUGGGAUUCGUUGAUCACAGAUCUGUUGCCGAACUUCCGAUUUCGAGAUGAAGAAAGGAACAAAGGGUUAAAGUUGAAAGACCUACUGGGUCACGUAACUGGAAUUCCCGAGGGCUUGGAUGCUCCUUACGAUUCAAAAGCACAAUUCUUAGACGUGGUACAGUGUCAAGAUCCAGUGAUGAGUAUGCGAGAGAGUUUUUGUUAUGUCGACAAAAAUUAUUACAUUGCUGGUGCGAUACUUGAACAUCUGACGAACCAAACGUUUUCCGAGUUGAUGCAAGAUCGAAUAUUAACCCCAUUGCAGAUGAACUCGACACUGCCCUCCAUCGCGCAAAGGUUCAAUGAGUCCAUAGGCAAAUGGGCUUAUGGUUAUAGUUUAACAAACGGGGAGCUUGUGAGUUUCAGAAUACCUGGAAAGAAAGGUGAAAUCACAGAAACGUUAAGAGCGGCAGCAAGUGGG